AUGACCACCGCCGCCCGCUACCGGCAACGGAUUCUGGUACGAGCGCUCUACUCCGGUGUUCUUUUCGUCCUUGCAAGAACCGUAUAUCUCAUCAUCACCACCACCACCUCCACCACCACCACCGGCGGCGGUCCCUAUAACUCCUGGGAAGCCGACAAUGACGAACAGCUCGUCAAAUAUUACUCCUCCGUUUUCCAAGAUUUGAUAUUCGACGGAUUUCUCGCCGUCGAUUCAAAAACCCUCGCCGUUGGUAUCCAUUCUUCUCAAUACGUCGACGCUUUGAAAGAAACCGGCGUUUCGUACUCCAAAGCCGUCAGAAAAAACGUCCGGUUGCCGUUUAAAAACAACACGUUUGAUUCACAGUUCUCUGCUCACACCGGUCUCGAUUCCUCCGCCGAUCCCGGCGAACUCUCGUCGGAAUUAUCAAGAACUCUGAAACCAGGUGGUUAUCUCAUCAUCCAUACGGAAUCCAACGACUCCUAUAGUUUAAAUUCUUUGUUGGAUUUGUUUGAUUCGUUUAAAUUGAUCCGAUCACUCGAAAUCUCCGUUCAACAUUGGUCGAUUCCGCCGGUUCGUGAAAUUGUUCUCAAGAAACAAAAUGGGAUUCUCCGUCGCCGGAGAAAUCUCGCCGGAAUUUGCUCAGUUCCCGCGUAUAAAAAGGAGUUAAUUCAAAAUUCUGAGCCGUUGAUAACUGAAGAACCAUUGCAGCCAUGGGUUUCAUUCAAGAGCAACUUCAAGAACAUCAAAUACCUUUCAUCAAUGGCGGAUAUCAGAUUCAAAACCCGAUACAUUUACAUCGAUAUCGGAGCUCGAAACUACGGAUCAAGCAUCGGAAGCUGGUUCAAGAAACAAUACCCAAAACAAAACAAACCCUUCAAGAUUUUCGCAAUCGAAGCCGAUAAACAAUUCCAUGAAGAAUACAAAUCAAAGAAAAAGAUAACCCUCUUGCCAUACGCGGCCUGGGUUCGAAAUGAAUCCUUGUUCUUCGAAAUCAAUCGAGAACCCAACAACAAAAACGAGGAGAAAGGACGCGGGAUGGGUCGAGUUCAAUCUGCACAAACUUCCACCACUUUCAUGGGGGAUUUGAACAAGAUUCAAGGGUUUGAUUUCGCGAAUUGGGUGAAGAACAGUUUCAGAGGAAAAGAUUUCGUGGUGGUGAAGAUGGAUGUCGAAGGAACUGAGUUCGAUUUGAUUCGAAUGUUGAUCGAAACCGGAGCCAUUUGUUUGAUCGAUGAAAUGUUUCUCGAAUGCCAUUACAAUCGAUGGCAAAGAUGCUGUAAUGGAGAAAGGAGUUCAAAGUAUCAUAAGGUGUAUAGUGAAUGUAUAGAGUUGUUUAGUUCAUUGAGGGAGAAAGGUGUUCUGGUUCAUCAAUGGUGGUAA